AUGAUCGUGGUCGUCGUGAUCGUCAUGGUCUUCGUGGUCUUCGUCGUCAUGGUCUUCGUGGUCUUCGUCGUCAUGGUCUUCGUGGUCUUCGUCGUCAUGGUCUUCAUCCACCACCGCUCCGGCAGGGGUCGGGGACACGGAGUGCUCGUCCUCGUCGUCGUGGUCGUCGUGGACGGCUGUGGGCGACGGGGUGACGGUUUCUUCCGCUUGAAGCGAGCGGUGGGAGAUCUCGACGGCCGCCGCCUUGUCCUCGACACCCGCGGCGCUGGCUCUGUUGUAGGCAGGCACGAAGAGCGGGGAAAAGUGGGGAGGAGACGAGAAGGAAGAGGACGGGGCGCGUGGGUUGGCCUGGUCCGGUGAAAACCCGGCGUGCUCCGUCCCGGCUUUGUAGGGAUGCGAGGUCAAUG